AUGGUACUGCCUCGCCGCUCCAAGGCAUCUGGUGGACAUUCAGGUGCAGGUGUAAAUGCAAUCGAAAUAUCCGGCAUGAGCCCUCUGUCUGAGCUGGUGUGGUCUCUGGAUGAUGGUCUCAGCAUUAAAAUCGCAGCGUCCAGCCUAAGCACAAGAAAAGCCUCUCUUCGCUGGAAUGCGGAUACUUUGAACAUAGUGAUAUCUUCGCCUCAGCAGAGCGGCGGUGGCGGCGGCAAGAGUGGUGAUAACGUAGAUGCCACCCUAAGGGAUGCAGGAGAAAUGCCGUCGCAACCUCGAACUCAAAGUGACAAUUCAGUGAGAGUAUCCGCGGCUAGUCCAAAUAGAACACGAAACCUUGAUGCGCAACAAUCUACUUCUAUAAGAUCACAGGAACAAGAUUCAAAAUGCUCUGGAGGGAUCAGUGAGAUGAGUGAGGGGGAAGAAUUGUCUGACAGCUGCUGUGCAGAUAAGUUGAAUAAAGAGGAAGCGGAUAUUUGCCCCACAAGAUGCUCCAACGAUGGUUUGCACAGUCUGGCUUCAAAAAAAGGCAGCCUGCAAAGUAUUUCGGAAAAACAGGUCUACUGUGCAACCGCUGUCCAUAAUGAGAGAUCUUGGGCAGAUAAUACCUGGCGAGCUCGAUUAGUAAAAGCAAUUAGUCAGAGGGACUAUGUCUUGCCAAACAAUGCAGUGAAUGCACAGUCACCUUCAUCCUUUGGGAGUUUCAGUAAUACAAAAAAGGUCCCAGGCAAGUUGGCAGGUUUUCUAGAUAACCAAAGUGAUAAGCACCAAGAUCUGGUUAUGCAGGACAACUGUAAUGGUAAUCAGGAAGAUCAGGUUAUGCAGGAAAACUGUAAUGGUGAUCACCAAGACCAGGUUAUGCAGGAGCACCAUAAGGAUGGGCCUAUUCUUGUCAAAUGUCAGUCAGCAUCUGGUGUUAAUCCUGUUUCAAAAUGUGAUUCGGCAUCCGGUGUUAAUUCUGUUGCAAGAUAUGAGUCAACACCAGAUGUUAAUCCUGCAAAGCUUGAGAAGGGCAAAGAAAAGGUAAUGCACGACCAGAGCAAUUAUGUUAGCAACACAAAAGAGGGUGAUGAUAGCAAUGAGAGUAUGGAGAGUUGUCCUAGGAUGAAAGCUCCAAAGCGAGAGUAUGCUCAAUACUCAACAGCGGAGAUGUCUUCUCGGAAUAAAAGAUAUAGGAGGGAAUACAAUGAAAGUUAUUGCUCAGGAUUGUUGAACAGAAAUGGCAGCUCUUUCUUUAACUGGAUGUCUUCUCUGACUAAUGGAUCAACCGUGUUUGAUAAAACUACCAAUCAGAAGUUGUCAGAGACUACUGGACAUGAACUUGCAGGACAUUCUCUGCCACUAGAAAAUAACAGUAGCAAUCGUCUGCAGUCUGUUGGCUUCAAUUCUCUUUUUCAAUCUCUUUAUAGUCACAAUGUUAUGAUAACUUCAAGAGAUACCCCUCAUCAAUCAGAAAUCAAUUGCACCGAGCGUGAAGCCGACAGGCUAUCGCUGGCUUUGAAUGGUAGCAAUUCUAUGCUUGACAAGGAAAUUAGCACAGGCAGAGAAACUCUUGAUGUGGCUGUUGGGACCUUAGCUGCUGACAGCCUUCAAAUGGAGUCACCUGGUGGUAAAUGGAAUUUUAGAGAUCAAAGUGGAGUUUUCCCUUUGAGAGCCGGAAGAAACUUGAAGAUGCCUAACUCCAGUAAGUCAUGUUCUAAAACUCUUGAAGAAAAACAAAAUGAGUGCCAUGCGAGCCCUUUGAAUGCUGCAAUGGGAAAUAAAGGUGGAAUCACAGAAAGCUUGUGGGUAAGUCGGCUUUUACCAAAAACAUCAAUGAAAUUGAUGGAUGCAACUCCGUGCAAUGUAAAUAGUGAUUUUUGUGCUGUCAAUCCAAAGGGUGCAGGUGAUAAGCUGUAUCCUUCAUCUCAACAGAAUGUUAAUGUGGAGAAGGAAUUCAACAGUUCACAAUACUUCACUAGCACAGGAAGUGACAAUGAGACAACAAGUAGCAAAUGCCCGGUGAUUCCUCCAGAGGAACAUAAGCAGUCUGAAACAAUGGCUUCCAUUCUUGCAAAGAGAUUGGAUGCGCUUCGACAUGCGAAGACCUCUGCAAUUAGGUUGGCUAUCUCCAGUGGAAUAUCUAAAGACCAUAAUCACAGAAAGAGUCCUUUUUUUAUUAAUUACAGCAGCCAUGAUGGACUAGAGACAGGACAAGGAACUCAAAAAUCUUCGAGUGGUGGUGGAAGGCUAGUUUUGUGGUCUGGUGACAAAGGAAAGGAACAAUUAUAUCCUCUCAGUGAUGAGGAAUUAAGAGGAAACAUGUUGGCAAGAGGUGAACAUCAGCAAUGUGGAGGGAGCAUGACUGGAAAGGCUGUAGCUCCUCAUGAUAAUUUAGAAGCAAACACAUCUGCUGAAUAUGUUGAUAGAAGAGGAGUACAAAUAAAGGAAGUGGGUUCAAAUUCCAUGGAGAGUCUGCCACAUAACAAGCAAAUUGUACCUUAUAAUAUUAUUACAAGUGACAUUGAUCAAUCAAGUGUUGUUUUUGGAGCCUUGCAGAGGCUUCGUUUGUCUCGAUCAGACAUCAUAAGAUGGUUGACGUCACCAAUAAUGCACACUACCUUGGAUGGCUUUUUCUUGCGUCUACGAUUAGGUAAAUGGGAGGAAGCAUUGGGUGGCACAGGAUACCAUGUCGCUCGGAUAAAUGGAGCAUUGGAUAGAAAUCGCCUCUCUGUAACGAUCCGGAAUUCAACUUGCCAAGUAGAUUCUCGCUUUGUAUCCAACCAUGGCUUCCAUGAGGAUGAGCUCAAGGCGUGGUGGUCUGCUGCCAUGAAGGGUGGCUGGAAACUACCGUCGAAAGAAGAACUUAGCAAGAAACUAAGAGAAAGAGAGCUACUUCAUUUCGGAAACGGAACAGGUCAGCCGGACAACACCUGA